AUGUCAUGCUUAGAGGAAAUUUAUCUCAAACUUUGUGGUCAACCGGUACCAAGUCUGAAAUCGCGUUGCAGGACAUUCGAGACAAGAUAUCCCCGAAUCGAUCCAAUCGAAGAGGAGGAGAAAAAGGUCCGCAAGUAUGUGUACGUUGGAACGGCUGUUGAGGACUCGAAUAAGGACUUGGAGACAGGCAAA